AUGAAGCUCGUCGCCGCGGGGGUGGACAACGACGAGGAAAAGGAGGAGUUUUGGGACUCCCUCACCAUACGCGGCACGAACACGAACCUCGAAAAGUCGUACUUCAGGCUGACGUCCGCGCCGGACCCGGCGACGGUCAGGCCCCAGCCCGUGCUGGAGAAGGCGUUGCGCAGACUCAAGACGGAGGCGGCGGGCGAAUCGUACUUUUACCUGCAGGACCAGAUGAAGGCGCUUCGGCAGGAUCUCACGGUGCAGCGCAUACGCAACUCGUUCACCGCGGAGGUUUACGAGCACCACGCGAGGGUGGCGCUGGCGAACCAGGACUUGGGAGAGUUUAACCAGUGCCAGACGGUGCUGAAAACGCUGUACGGCGAGGGCGUGAGCGGUCAGGAGGUUGAGUUUUUGGCGUACAGGGUGCUGUACAGCGCAAUCACCGGCGUGACUGGGAGCAACAUCAACACGGUGCUGUCGACGGCGUGCGCGAUGCGAACGGAGCCCGCGAUCGCCCACGCGCUGGCGGUUCGAUCCGCGCUGCAGGAUGACAACGCGGUGGAGUACUUCCGUUUGUUGGGCGCGGCGCCCAGUUUGGGGCACAGCGGCACCGGCGACCUGAUGAGCCAGCGGAACGAGCAGGUUCGGUUCAGGCACGUCACCGUGGCGUGCAAGGCGUUCCAGCCGAGGGUUCCCGUGGCGCAUCUCGCCCGGGUUUUGGGUUUCACGCUGCACCGCGCGUACGUCCCGGGCGACGGCGAGCGGGACCCGCCGGAGGAUGUCGACGAGUGCGUUCAAUGGCUCGAGGCGCACGGCGCGGUGGUCAAGGACGACGGCGGCGUUCCGUCGGUGGACUGCAAGGAGAGCGCCCCGAGGCUGUUCGUGCCGGAGGAUAAGAACGCGGUGGCGCACGGGGAUCAGACGCUGGACAUCGCCGAUUUUAUGGCGUCGUUCUAG